UGGCACGAUUUUCAUCUUCCACAACUUGAUUUCAGUACUUGGCAUAGCGAACAAUCUAUCCCCCUGUUGUCGACCGUAUCAAGAAAAUGGACGAACUAUCCACUCUCACGGCGGAUUCUUCAGUCUACGGCGGAGCUUCGAACAACAUCUACGAGCUGGUAGCGACAUGUCAGCGUCUCAGGAUCCGAAACCGCUAUCCUACUGGACAUAUCAGGGAUCCACCAAGUCAGUCCCAGUUCCCAAAGCCGCCCAAGGACUUCCGCAUUCACCCAUUGGCCUUGACCUGCCGCUCAAUCAAGCGUGAAUUUGCACAACUAUAUGCCGAGCUUGCGAUCGUGUCGGCACCGCUCGAGGCUCACAUCUACAACUUCGACUUCAGAGCGCUCCUACCGUUCCUGACAGUGUACUCCGCCUUCACAUAUUGUAAAGUAGGCGACUUGGACCGUGGUGCAGCCACAGGACCUCGAUUCCCCACAAUCACUCAUCAUUCGCCGUUGAGGACACUUACUACAAUGUUGAACACAAGAUAGUCGCCGCCCCUGGUACCAUAACGACAAGUGGCGCGACAAGUGCCAUUUGCUUAAGCUCAAGUUUUCACGAGUAGACAUCCCCC